AUGCCGUCCAUCCGGACCAGCAAUCCCAACAGCGCGAGCGACGCACGUCUCGCUGCCCUGACAGCCGCGGCCUCAAUGUUGUCAUCGCCACCAGUCUUUCCAGCGAGCCAGCUUCCACCCCCACCACUAGAGGGCCGUGUCGUAUGCUCCAGGCUCAAGGUGCGAACCCAGCAUCAGAACCGUGUGGCGAAUAAGAAAACACGGCUUCCGGCACAACCACCGAGUUUGGCGGAGCUCGCGCGUGUGACCCCCCGGCAGCAAGCCGCCUCCGAACAUCGUCAGCGUAUGGCGGCGCGAGAGCGGAAGCGGAAGCGGAUGAGAGGAGAGCUGGAGGGCGCGGCGCCUGGUGUGGCGGGACUAUUAUCAUCAUCAUCAUCAUCAUCAUCAUCAUCCUCGGAGGCGACAACGCCCACAACUUCCCUCAAAUCCACCUCCUGCCCCUUCCAGAGGGAGCAAGUCGCCGAGAUGAAUGCGGAAUACACGCGGCGGGAAUCGUUGGCGGGUUUGAAUCGGGAUCUGACCGCGCAAGCCUGCGUCGAGGACAUGAUUGGGGCGCUGGAAGAGGCUGGCCUAAAGCAGCAGCAGGAGGAGGAACAAGAGGAUGCGGCCGUUCAGACACUGAAAACGUGGCGCAAUGCACUCCAGGCGCAGGCUCAUCGGGCCGAGCAGGUAUGGAGGGACGUAUGUGGCCAGGCGCUGCAGACUGUGGAGAUUGGUGAUGAUCAGAAGCGCGAGUUUGCGGGGUUGGCAAGGCAAGGGAAGGUGAGACGUGCGGUUCGGGUGACGCCGGGCUCGCUGGUCGCCAUGAUGUUGCUGGCGCGUUAUGGAUAUGCGGUCUACAGCGACGCCCGGGACGAGGUGAUCCGCAGGAACGGUGGUGGCGUCCAUGGAGACCACGCUCGUCCCGAGGGAGCGGGGGUUCUUUGUCUGUGA